GAAGAGCGUUUUAGAAUUUGAGACUCAACAUUUCAAGGUGAUCCACUUGCAGAUGCUUUCGUUCGGCUGAACGCGCCGAAGAACGACAAGAAAGAAAAACAAAAAUAACAAUAAUCAACUUGUUUUCGACAGAUGAAUAUUCCGCUUAUCAAAUAGGAUUGAUAUCCUCCAACUUUUUUGGUGCUUUGACUACCAAAAAUUAUGAUAGAUUUAUAUGGACUUUAAAAUUAUCAAUAAUGUAUAUAUUUUGUGGCUCUUUGGCUCUAGGUGUACAAAACAUGGUUGUGGGACAAUUAUCACUAAUAUUACGGGAAGUAUUAACUAAGAAUUUACAAAGCCUAUAUUUUAAGCGGAAAAAUUACUAUGUUGUAAAUAAUCUUAUUGAUUUAGACAACCCGUAAGUUUGUGUUUUGCCCUCUCGUUGUUUUUAACUUAGUUGAUCAUGAAAAUAUUUUCUUGUAGUGAUCAACGUCUUACUCAAGAUAUCAAUUUAGCUUGUGACCUGCUGACCAAUAUAAUUGUUUCAAUAACUGUGAAUCCAAUAUUAGUCGUAUUCUAUACAUAUCUUUGUGUACAAAAAGCUGGUUGGUUAGGUCCAAUCUCUGCUUAUAUCCUAUUCAUUAUAUUUGCAAUAAUUUUGCGAUUCCUUGCCUCUUGGAGUUCGCGUGCUUCAUUUGAACUUCAGAAACAAGAAGGCAAUUUUAGGUUUGUUCAUACAAAACUAAGGUGCUCAGUCGAAGGUGCUGCAUUUCUUGAUUUGAGUGAAUCAUUAAAUGCUAUUUCAGCGAAUUCAUUCAAUCGGUUAUUUCAUGCUGUACGAGUUUUUAUUAAUCGUAAUGCUGUAGUAUUUUAUGUAACACAACUUAAUGCAUAUUGUGGUGGUGUAGUAAAUUACGUCGCUCUUGGAAUUAUCCUAUUCAAUGGUCCAAUUCAAACAAUGUCAACAUCUGAAAUCACUGUUCUUAUUAGUCAGACUAGUUUCUUUCUUCUGUAUUUAAUUAAUAAAUUAACAAAUUUAAUUAAUUUAUCUACUGAUAUUGCUCAAUUAGUCGGUGUUGGGCAUCGCGUUGUAAACUUGGACAAAUAUUUAAGAGAAAUUAAUUUAUAUCAUACUCCAGCUGCUUAUAUCGCAUCUUAUCAAACUCAAUGGUUAUUUAUUACAUCAAAAAUAUUCAGCCCCAUACAUGAUAUCAUUGAUAGGGAUAAUGAUAAUAAUUGUUUCCUGAAUGAUAUUGUUUUUCAAAUCAACCAUGUAUCAAUAUGUAUUCCAUUGAAUCCUAAUAAUGUUUUAAUUCAUGACUUAUGUUUAACUAUUAAAAAGCAUGAAGCCCUACUUAUCACUGGUCCGAGCGGUGUUGGUAAAACUGCUUUAUUUCGUGUUUUAGCUGGUCUAUGGCCAGGUCUCAUUUUAAUGAAUAAUUCAGUGAAUAAUAAUACAAUCAAUUCAUUAUAUCAUUUCUAUCAGUCGGAUAAUUUCCGAGUUGUUUUUAUUCCACAAGAAUUAUACAUACCAUGGAUUACAAUUCAAUUAAAUGAUGAAUUUUACAAGUUAUUAACAAGUUUACAUUAUUUCAUGAUGGCAUCAAAUUCAUUAAUAUUAUCAAAUAUCCAUAGAGAACUACAUUUGUGUUAUUUAUUAUUGAAUAUAGCAUAUUCUUUCGAUAGUCAAUCUACUAGUGGGCUUGAUGCUACAGCUACAACUUUUGAUAUUGACAAUUCUGAAACAAACUUAACUAGUCAUAAUUCUACUAGAAAACAAAAUUCCAAAUGUUUUAUUCGUGUUUAUAAUUUGGAUUCUUUUGAAAAAGCAUUAAUUUUACUCGUUGAAUUUCGUCUUAUCAAAUUGGAACAAUGUAAUGCAUUAAAACAAAUUCUUAAAUUAUAUUAUAACAAUGAAAAUAAUAAUAGUAAUAAUACUGUUAACAAUGAUAGUAUUUAUUCUAAAAAUCAAUAUCAAAUUCCAUUAUUAACUGAUAUUUGUUAUAAUGGUUGUUCUGUUAGUUCAGAAAAAUCCGAAUAUGAAUUUGAUCAACCGUUUUUCAAUUAUUCACCCGGUGAAUUACAACGAUUAACAAUUGCGGCUGUAUGUUUUUAUCAACCAGAUAUGAUAUUUAUGGAUGAAUCUACAAGUCAAUUAAGUGUAGCUGAUGAAGCACAAGCCUAUUUAAGUCUUUCUAAAAGAAAUAUUACACCAAUUACAAUUGCACAUCAUAACUCUGUCCGACAAUAUCAUUUGAUGGAAUUACAAUUAAUGUCCUUCGAUGAACAGACUACUAUUACUACUACUGAAACAAAUCAAUUGAAAAAAUGGAAGUUGAUUAAAAUUGAGUAAACUAUAUAUAUACCAUCAUAGAUACACGGUGCAAUCUCAUCAUUGUCACCGUGCUAGACAAUUUAGAUUAUUCUCUUCUUAUUUUGUUUAAAUGUCAACUUAUGAGUUUUAGUCAUUUCUUCCUUUCUGUUUAUUUAUCAUCCUCUAAGAUAGUAGUAGUAUAUUGUAAUCUUUUUUAAAAUUAUAAUAAUAAACUUGACCAACAUGUAUUUAUCAUAUUUUUAACCGUUAGUGCAAGAAAUGCGUUUAUUGUUAUUUGUUUUAUGUGUAAUUCAUGUUUCACAAAUACGUUUUCUCAGGUUCCUACAGCUUGUUGGGUUUGUUUGCUUUUUCAACAAAAAAUAGAAUUUCCGAUACAUUUAUACUGAUAUUUUUUUGAAACUUGUGAGUAGGUUUGUUUCCUAAAAUAUUUUAACAAUAACUAUACAUUCUAUUCUGUACUAUCGUCGAAAUUAGUUUCAAUAAGCUUACUGACAUCUCUUUAAUUUAUCAAUUCUUUAAGUCUAGUCUAUAGUGUUAUAUUCAUAAAGAACUGGAUACUUGUGUUUAAGAUGUUUUGCGUUAUUUCAAUCAGUUUUUAAACUUCAUAACAGAAUAAAUAAUUAGGAGUAUAAAAUAACAGAAUUUUUCAUUCAUUUUGCUUUGGAGAUUAAUUCUAAUUAGUUACUGACAACUGCCAAAUAUACCUAGAAGAUAUAUCAGUAAGUUGUGAUGACUAAAACAAAUUGAUAAAAUUAUUAUCAAACCUAAGAUGCGGUCGCUGCCGCGUAAGUGUUUCCUGUUUGCUUAAUAUUUUUCAUAUAAAUAUGGUGGCUUUUUUUUUUAAAUUUGUGUACAUUGUCUUAUUACUACUCACAUUUAUUCAGCAAUUGUUAUGGUUGAUUAUUUACACGUAUGUUGUGGAUGUUUCAGUGGUAGAUUCAGGCUAUCUGUUCGGGAUCUGAGUGACCAAUGGUUGAAGGUGUUGGGUGACAGGACUUAUAGUUGACUAGAAUGUCACAGGUACACUAACUGAUUGUCCUCCAUCAGAUCUUGACUUUUAUUACCCUUUCAGAUGUACCUUUGCAUUUCGUCUUUUUGAAUCAUAUUUUCAAUA